GCUUACAAUUGGGAAGAAAUUGAGUGCUGGGUGGAUAGACCACCAAUUAUCAUAGUUUCUCUUCUCAAUGAGGAGCUAGCUUGUUUAAACGUUUGAUGAUUAAGCAAUAAAAGCAGGUGUUGAUUCUAAAAAAAAAAAAAAAAAUCCUCUAUAUGAGUUAGGUUGAAAAGUUAAAACCCAACAAUUUCAGCAAAUUUUUCCAGUUAAGUUGAUUCCUAUCGUUUCCCAAUUUGGUCUUGUCAAAACCAUUUCCUCGGAAGUUUCUCUUCCAUUUUUGAGCUUUACUGUUACUAUUAGCAAGGCAAAAGGAAGAGAGGAGGUCGGUAGGAGACAGAGACACUGGAAACUAGAAAGAAGGAAAAGAAAAAGAAAGGGGUAGAGUCGUAGAGAAAGAUGAGCAAGAUCGGAAGAAGAUUCGAGGGAAAGGUAGCUAUCGUCACCGCUUCCACUCAGGGUAUUGGGUUCGCCAUCGCUCAGCGUCUUGGGUUAGAAGGCGCCUCCAUUGUUAUCUCCUCUCGCAAGCAGCAAAACGUAGAUGAGGCAGUUGAGAAGCUCCAAGCACAGGGCGUCCAGAACGUGAUCGGUGUUGUCUGUCAUGUCUCGAAUGCGCAACAGAGGAAGAAUCUCAUUGAGAAAACUGUUGAGAAAUAUGGGAAAGUAGAUGUGGUUGUAUCCAAUGCUGCUGCCAACCCAUCCACCGAAUCCAUUAUAAACACAAAGGAUUCCGUCCUCGAUAAGCUCUGGGAGAUUAAUGUCAAAGCAUCGAUCCUUCUCUUGAGGGAUGCAGCUCCACACAUGCCAAAAGGUUCCGCAGUUGUUCUAGUUGCCUCCAUUGCUGGCUACCACCCACCGGCCUCAAUGGCUAUGUAUGGGGUCACUAAGACCGCCCUUCUCGGCCUUACCAAGGCCCUUGCAAGCGAGAUGGCGCCUGACAUUCGAGUGAACUGCAUAGCUCCUGGUUUCGUGCCAACACAUUUUGCUUCUUCCAUAACAGGGAAUGUUGAACUGAGAAAGGAACUAGAGGCACAGACGUUAUUGAAUAGACUGGGCACGACAGAAGACAUGGGCGCUGCAGUGGCGUUUUUGGCGUCGGACGAUGCUAGCUACAUAACUGGUGAAACUCUAGUGGUGGCUGGUGGAAUGCCAUCUCGGCUUUAAGAUGGGAGUUAUUGUGUUGUUUAUCUUGUAAUCCCCAAGACGAGGUGCCCUCCCUCUCCCUUUCAUAUCUUCAGCAUACAAAUAACAGAGAAAAACACUCUUUUUCAUGGACCAAUGUAUCUAUCUCCGUGGCUGGUGCUUCUCAGUCUGUAGCCUGCAAUUUGGAUGGACGAUUCUUGUUUGGUGAAAUGCAUCAAAUAAUAGACGGUUCUACAUGUAUUCAACCAAGACUCUCUUUCCACAAGAUCAUAGGGCUAUCAACAAGCAUUGAGAAUACAAAAAGAGGCCGGCCUCUUUUUAUUGCUCCGGCGAUGAAACCGGGGUAGCCCCCGACUUCCAUAGGUCCUUGGUUCGACCUCCUAAUGAGAAUUGAGAUCCUUGCGCGGGCGUCUCAUCCUUAAGACUUGCUUGCUCUGUAUGUACAUAUGUUUGUCGUUAGACUUUAGAGGAUUUGGAUUACAAGGAAAACCUCUGAAGAAGGUGAAAAAGGUACAGAAUGUAUGGAGUGCCCCGUGGUUCCUCCUCGGGUGCCAGCCGCAGAGAGGAAGGCCAUUAUCAACUAUGUUUUCACCGGGGAUUCGGGUUCAUCGCCCGAUCAGACAACACCAAUUCAUCCCCUGAAAACGCGCCACGAAAUUCGCCCCCGGUAGAAUCUCUUCACCCAAGUUGUGGUUCUAAGAAUCCAAGGGCAUCUUCCAUACACUCUUUAAGUAUGCAACACAACUUCUCUCCCAACUUCAUUGGACAUUGUCACUGCGGAAUUGAUCAUCAUGGAAUCAUAUGAUAUGAGACAUUUACAUUCCCAAUUAGCAAUGCAAUGGCUGUUAUCUGGUAACUUCAAGCAUGGUUGGGUUAUGAAGAAAAGAAUGGAAGCAAUGCAUAUAAUUUUAAGUAGGGAUGUACAUAUGUUUGUCGUUUAGACUUUAGAGGAUUUGGAUUACAAGGAAAACCUCUGAAGAAAGGUGAAAAAAGUACCAAAUGAAAUUUGAUAAAUAACUAGUAAGAUAUACCUUAAAAAAAUAAUUCUCACAGGAUAAAAUUGUAAAGUAUUUUUUUAAUAGAUUAUAGGGUAAAUACAAUUUAGUAUCCAAACCUUUUAUUUUAAACAAUAUAAUAGCCAAACCUUUUCGAAAACAAUAUAAUAUCCAAAUCGUCAACUUUCCGUUCGUUUGACCGUUAGUUGACAGUUCAAAAAAGUUCAAAGUACGACGCUUCAUCAAUAUCCAUCGAUAUCUUCUCUGAAAAAUCACCAACAUAUCGUGGUUCCAAACCCGAGAAGUCCAUGACUCCACCAUGAUGGUAUAGAAUAUCUAAAUAUUCAGUCAUCUGCAAUGCCAAAACAAGAAAACAAAGUUGUAUUGUGACAAUUUCCCCUAAACAAAGCUUUUUUGAAGUGUCAACCAACGGUCAAACGGACGGAAAGUUGACGAUUUGGAUAUUAGAUUGUUUUCGAAAAGGUUUGGCUAUUAUAUUGUUUAAAAUGAAAGGUUUGGAUAUUAAAUUGUAUUUACCCUAGAUUAUAAGCAUCAGUAUCAUCCCUUUCCGAUGACAAGCUCUGUUAUUAUUAUUAAUCACCCAAAAUAAAAAAUUAAAGAAAACAAUAAAUUUUAGUUUUGCACAUUUCACAUAUGUAAGUGCAUAUAUAAAUAUCAUCAAUACCCCAUCAUGCAGCAUAAGAUGCAUGGGGAGAACAAGAUGAGUUAAUAUAAUUACAAAAAAAAAACCACUAUCAAAUUAAUAAUGUAAAUUCCGCCCGAAUAAAACUAAGACAUGAAAAUUACAAAAGAAAAACCGUAAUGUAUGAUCACGGUCAAAUAUUCUUUUUCUGUUUUGAUGAGUAAUCAAAUCAAAGAAUUGUA